CGGGUCUCUUGAGUUGAGCGAGCGAGCUCACCUAGUCAUUUCGUUGGAGUACUCGCACGCGGACGUGUUCUCGUAUUAUCUCUCUCUCUUUUUCUCUUUCUAUCUUAUUUAAGAGAAGAUAACUCCUUUCAACAAACGAACAGGAAACCAACGCGUAUGGAAAGGGAAUGAAAGAUCACUAAACGAAACGCACGAUCGAUUUAACACGCCAACAUGAAUGAUAUUCGUACUCAGUUCGAUAAAAAUGGCUACGUCAUCCUCGAAGAUUUCUUUAAACCGGAAGAAGUGGACGAGUUGAAAUUUUGCGGGGAAGAAUUCACGAAGAAUUUGCCACCUGAAACGGAAAGGAAAAUUUUUAAUACUGUUGACGCCCAACAAAGCAAGGAUCAAUAUUUCUUAGACAGUGCGCACAAAGUGUGUCCAUUUUUUGAAAAUGAAGCAUUAGAAAACGACGGUACUUUAAAAGUUCAUCCUAGAAUAUCAUUAAACAAAGUAGGUCAUGCAUUACAUUGGUUACAUCCGACCUUUAAAAAAUACACAUUUGAUGAACGAGUAAAAGAGACUAUGUUCCAAUUGGAUUACAUAGAACCGGCUGUGUGCCAAUCUAUGUACAUUUAUAAAAAUCCUGGCAUUGGUUCGGAAGUAAUUAUGCAUCAGGAUGCAACAUACUUAUAUACUGAUCCAGUUAAAUUGGUGGGUUUUUGGAUCGCAUUGGAAGAUGCAACGCAAGAAAAUGGUUGUCUUUGGAUUGCUCCAGGUUCUCACAAAAGUGAUGUUCAUAGACGUUACAUCAGAAAUAAGGAUCCCGAUUCUCAAGAACUUUUGAUAUACGACAAAUCAUCUCCUUUCUAUCCAUUAAGUAAUUUCCAACCUAUUCCGGUAACCAAAGGAACAUGUGUACUAAUUCACGGUCAAGUGGUACAUUUUUCUUAUCCAAAUAAAAGCGAAAAUUCAAGGCAUGCUUAUACUUUUCACGUUAUCGAAACUAAACAAGUGAUUUACGCUAAGGACAAUUGGUUGCAACCACCUGCCAAUGGAUUUGCACGAUUGUAUAGAAAUUAAAAAUAUAACAAAUUUUUAAAAUAAGCAAUGAAAUAUCUAUGUGCGUACGCGGCAGGCUGUGCUCGUUUAUUUGUUCUUAGUGCUGAACAAAACUAAAAUUUGUAAUUAGUUUUUCUGCUUAUUUUUUAUGUUUAACAAAAAAUUAUACAAGAAAAUUAAAAUAUACUCGAAUGACGUUCUUC